AUGGCUGCCAGGCACUGCCUGUCCCGGGCAGACUUCCAGCCGGAGCUCCUGGGCCUCGUCGUCGGGCGGCUCCCUCUAGCUGACCGCGUUCGGUUUGGAGCAGUCUGCCGCCCGUGGCGCCGCGCUGCUCGGCAGGAGCCCCUGCCCCCUCCGCUCCCGUGGCUGAACCUCCCCGACGGCACCUUCCUCAGCGUCCCAGGCGGCGAAAUCCACCGCAUGCCCGUGCCGGAGGACGCCGUCUGCCACGGCUCCGUGGGGAGCUGGCUCUUCCUCAGGCGCCCCGGCGGCGAGUUCUCGCUGGCGAACCCUUUAUCCGGAGACGCGGUGCGGCUCCCUGAGCAAUACGAUCCCGAUCUGCCGGGAUACCCGAUCUCCUUCAAGCCGGUGCUGCUGCUGUAUGCUCUCUCACUCAGCAAGCUCUACGCCAUUGAUACCGGUUCGAGCUCCAAAGGCGAGCCAACUGCAAGAGACCCACACAUAGAACGCAUAGCCGACGCCGCCGAUGAUAAUCCGGGGUUCAUGUGCCGGUCCAUUGCCGGCGAGAACCACAUCUGCGUGUACUGGAGCUACCUCGCUGAAUCCAGUGGCAAGCUGCUGCAGGUAAGGCGACUGAUCGGAUGCUUGUCCACCCUGCCGGACAAAGAGAGGGUGAAGCACAGCCGCACCCUCUCGUUUGAAGUCUUUGAGGCCGACCUGAGCGCCGAUUCCCGUGUCAGGUGGAGGAGGGUCGGCGAUCUGGGAGGCCGGGCGCUCUUCGUGAGCAGGCAGUCGUCGAGAUCCCUCCCGGCUUCCGAGUGUGGAGCUCGGGAGGACUGCAUCUACUUCGUGUGCGACUACGACGACGACGACGCCGCCGCGCCGGAUCCGACCCGCGACUGCGGCGUGUUCGACAUGAGGAGCGGGGUGAUCACGCCUCUGCUGCCGGAUACUGUGGUGGUGCGGCCACAAGGAUGCAAAGGGCGCCCGGCAUGUUAUUCACAAAAUGUGUAG